CCUCACCGCGGAUGAAUGCGCUGAUGAAUUAAGUUUUAACGCACGCAAGCAUACUUCUACUAACUUACUUUUUUUAAGGUGGGUCAUGGCAGAUACUCUCAAGGGCAUUGUAUAAGCUCGGAGCGAACGAAAAAAAAAUGACAACACCUCUGCAAACCGAACCCCACUGUUUGAGUUGGUAGAUUCCACGCGAUUACGAACCCCAACCACCCAAGGCGCAUUCCGCACUUCGACCAAGAGAGAAGCACGUGCUCUCGUACAAGCGCACUUUGUGACGGUUGCGCAUUCAGAAGCCAUCCCAUUCGUGUUGACACGCGACAGACACAAGGAUGGCUGAAAACAACUUGUGGCUGACCGUCGCCGUGGGCGCGGCAUCUGCAGGCAUGUCGAUGCUGCGUGGAUCGUAUGCGAUGGUGCUGCUGGUGGCAAUCGCCCUCCUCGUGCGCAUAAUCAUAAUCGUGGUGAAAUCGGUCCUCACCCGCGCACCCCGCGUCUCCCUGCGCGACCGGGCGGUGCUCAUCACGGGCUGCGACAGCGGCUUCGGCUUCGAGCUGGCGAGGCGUCUGGACGGCAUGGGAGUCCGGGUGCUGGCCGGCUGCCUGCAGCCACACGGAGAAGGGGCCCGCGAGCUCGCGAGCAAGAGCAGCGACCGCCUGCGCGUCCUGCCCUUCGAUGUCACGAGCGACGAGCAGGUGCAGGAGGCACAUGCAGCCGUCACCCGCAUGGGUCGGCAGGCAGACCUGUGGGCCGUAGUGAACAACGCAGGCAUUGCACAGAUGGGCGAAGUGGAGAUGUCCAACAUGAACUCGUACCAGCGAGUGGCCGACGUGAACCUGUGGGGCACCAUCCGCACCACACUGGCCUUCUUGCCACUCAUAAAGGCCAGCAAAGGGCGAAUUGUAAACAUAUCGAGCAUAUCAGCCAGACUUCCCUCCGCAUUCAUAAGCAGCUACUGCAUCACCAAGAGCGGUGUGGAGAUGUUCUCAAGCUGCCUGCGACUUGAAAUGCAAAAGUGGGACGUUAAGGUGAUAUUUAUAGAGCCUGGGAGCUUCCUUGGCCAAACGAAGAUAUUGCAGAACAUGGACUCCAAGAGCAUUCACAACAACCUCACAGAGUGCCAGAAGGCACAGUUCACCCUCGAAUAUAUCGACACCUACUGGGCUGCGGCACGUGAUAUAGGUGCCUUCAAAAACAGGGACACCGGCCUGGUGAUAGACGCAAUCGUUGAGGCGCUUACGACGAAUAACCCAAGUGCCUGCUACCUUGUGUGCUCAUUCGUGGAGAGGGCCAUCUUGUUUCUGGUUGGCAUUCUGCCCACCGCAUGGACAGAUUACAUGAAUACGAGCAGCUCCUAUGAGAAGAAGCGGAGGAGUAUCCUGGCACACCAUGCUGCACGCAGCAGCAGCAGCAUGUGACCACAUUCAUUGCUCGAGCAGCGUGCUCAUGUAGUGGGGGGCAUACGUCAAAAGCUUGCGGUUUUUAAUGGAUUUGGCGAGGUCUAUAACGAUUAACCAUGUUGUAGUAUUGCUGGAGUUUAUUUUCUCUUAUUUUUUUUCCAAUGUGUGAGGUGUGCCACAUUCAGUUUUGGUGGAAUUUGUCAAAUGCAGAUUUUCAUAUUCCGUACAAAUUAAAACGGACAGUUUAAUAUUACACAAGAUGUUGGCGGUAAAAUAGUAUUCCUGAAAGAAAUAAACAUUUUUAUGGCAUAUUUA